GUUACAGCUCCUUCUCCUGCCAACCUCCCUCCUAAAAACCAUGAAAAUAAAGGGUGCUUUUCUGAACAGCUGUGAAAAUAUUUUGUGCCCCUUUGGAAGGACACUAAUCCUACAGAAGUCAAAUGUUCUUUAUUCAUCCACUCUCUGUUGUGGAGUCAACACAAGGUCUAUGCAAGCGUCCCUUUUCCCCCUACCAUCCUCCUGGCCACAAAGUAUGUCGAUGAAUAUACAUUUUCCUUGUAUCAUGCUACGCUAAAUAUGGUCAUGGUCAGUAUGUCAGUAAUCCCUGUGUUUAAGAGACGACCAGACACUGGUGUUGGGACAUUCCUUCUGUUCGACUCUCUUGCUGUCUGACGUCUGAUGCUUAAAACAGAGCAUGCUUUCAUCCUUCUGCACAUUGUCGCAAUCCCCUAGGAACACUUUUUAAAGGGUGCCGCAGCCACUCGGGGGAAACAGUUGCUGGCCAAAUCAGAUACAGACGCCUCGAUUCAAGCUUUUCGUGAAUGCCGCAUUGCGGUUUCAGAUUUGCACCAGCCUAACGACAGAAGGGACCAUGUCUACCUUUGGCUACAGGCGAGAGCUUAGUAAAUACGAGGAGCUAGAUGAAGAUGAACUCCUGGCUUCUCUGACCGAUGAGGAGCUGAAGGAGUUGGAGAGAGAGCUGGAGGACAUUGAGCCUGACCGAAACCUUCCGGUGGGACACAGGCAAAAAAGUCUCACGGAGAAAACGCCAACGGGAACUUUCAGCCGGGAGGCACUAAUGGCCUAUUGGGAAAGGGAGACCAGGAAACUACUGGAAAGAGAGAGAAUGGGGGCGUGUGAAAAGGUAGGCUCAAAAAUGCUUUGAACUGUGUCCCAGAAAUACUUCUUCUCAUUUUCUAUUCUUGUUCAAACUGUAUUUCUCCCACAAUGCUUGCUUAACUCAUUGAUGAAUGGGGGCAGUAUUUUUUGGAGAAAUGUAGAACUCCUAUCUUCUCCAGCCAGCAUCAGGGCAGGUAGCAGGAGACAGUCAGGUUGGGCACCGGCCAAAGGCCCCUCAUUGAUCCAACCUGCCUCACUGCUAGGCCCCGGUGGUGGUGCUGCGGGCAACGCUUGGGAACCAAGAUGAGCUCCCAUCCACAGUGGCUGGAAAGCCAUCUACCAUCACUCUCCACCUCCACGUUGUGCCUGAGCAAGGGCUAAGAGUGCCCUUCUUCUCAGAACCAGACAUUCUGGGUGUGAAUGCACCACCACCAGUUUGCCACAGUGGUUAGAAUAAUAAUAAUAAUAAUAAUAAUAAUAAUAAUAAUAAUAAUAAUUUAUUUAUACCCCGCCCAUCUGGCUGGGUUUCCCCAGCCACUCUGGGCGGCUCCCAAUCAAGUGUUAAAAAUAAUACAGCAUCAAAUAUUAAAAACUUCCCUGAACAGCGCUGCCUUCAGAUGUCUUUUAAAGAGAAGAUAGCUGCUUAUUUCCUUCACAUCUGAAGGGAGGGCGUUCCACAGGGCUGGCGCCACUACCGAGAAGGCCCUCUGUCUGGUUCCCUGUAACCUCACUUCUCGCAAUGAGGGAACUGCCAGAAGGCCCUCAUCGCUGGACCUCAGUGUCUGGGCUGAACGGUGGGGGUGGAGACGCUCCUUCAGGUAUACAGGACCGAGGCCCUUUAGGGCUUUAAAGGUCCGCACCAACACUUUGAAUUGUGCUCGGAAACGUACUGGGAGCCAAUGCAGAUCUCUCAGGACCGGUGUUAUGUGGUCCCGGCAGCCACUCCCAGUCACCAGUCUAGCUGCCGCAUUCCGGACUUAGCAUUUUAUCUAUUUUUAAAAGUAAUAGUGGUAGGCAUUCUUCUAGCCUGAAUUGCAGGCUCAGAGAAGGACCUGGUGUGGUAUAGGGCAGCAUAGAAGUGUAUUAAAUAAAUAUAAUAAUAACCCAGGUGCUGAGGAGGUGGCAGAAAAUCUGCCGGUGUCACCACCACUGUCACAGGUGAAGAAGAGGAAGGAGAGGUGACAAGAUAGAGAAGAGGAGGAGGGUGAAGCUGCAACCGCAAAAGGAAUUGGGAGGUCCAGUGGAAACAUGAGGGGUGGUGGUGGUCAAACUGGCCGAACUGUGCUGAGGGCCUCCUGGAGUCUGGCCAGCAUAGUCAAAGAUGAUGGGAGUUGUGUUCCAACAAUACCUGGAAGGUCGGCGGUUCCUCAUCCCUGUAGAAUGUCAGUGAAAAUUCACUUUUGUCGAAGGAGAGUCGAUUGAUGUACAUAUUAACAAUGGUUGAGGGCUUCUGAGAUGGUAUAUUUUAAUACCAUAAACAGGAACACGUUUUUAAAUUUUUCCAGCUUUUCAAAAUACAGACUUGUAGAAAACGAGCAGAAUCAAGUGAGGGCUAAACUAAAAAACACACGGCCUGAUAUGCAACUUGGUUGUUUGCAAGGUGUGUGUUUUUUGUACAUCGUCGUUCUUAGCUGCAUUUCCUUCAGUUGGAGGAAAGAGAACUUUUAAAAAAAAUACUUCAGUCGAUUCAAAAACAUUAUGUUAAAACCUAGGCUUCCUCAACCUCGGCCCUCCAGAUGUUUUUGACCUACAACUCCCAUGAUCCCUAGAUAGCAGGACCAGUGGUCAGGGAUGAUGGGAAUUGUAGUCUCAAAACAUCUGGAGGACCGAGACUGAGGAAGCCUGUUAAAACCAGUAACAUUUUUUUUUAGUAUUUGCAUUUCAACAGGACCUAACUUACAGUGAGUGAUCAUUUUAAAAUGUGACCAGUCUAUAUAUGAGGAAGGGGUGGCAGAAUCCCAGGAGGAAUUGACUCUUUGAUUGGGCUUUAAUGUAUAGCUCAAACUGCAGGUUUCAAUAGCACAUUUCAUGUACAAAAUUCUUUAUAGUCAUUGGCCAUGGUCUUGAACUCCCCAAUACAGUGGUACCCUGGGGUAAGUACUUAAUUCGUUCUGGAGGUCCGUUCUUAACCUGAAGCACCACUUUAGCUAAUGGGGCCUCCCGCUGUCACCGCACCGCCGCCACGCGAUUUCUGUUCUUAUCCUGAAGCAAAGUUCUUAACCUGAAGCACUAUUUCUGGGUUAGCGGAGUCUGUAACCUGAAGCGUAUGUAACCUGAAGCAUAUGUAACCCGAGGUACCAGUGUAUUCCUACAGUGGGCCUCUUCCCUUCGUUCUAUUCAACAGAAAGUCCAUCACAAACAGAUUUAAAAUCUCAAGGGACUUUCAAGGACAUUUUGCUGUAGAGAGCGAAGGGUGGAGCCUGUGGUUGGGCAGAAAAUAAUGGGAAUGAUUGAGACAGACUUGAGUACUUUUAUGUCCCUUUGAUUGCAGUAGGGCAGGAAAUAAGCGAAUGCAAAACACUUCCACUGACACAUGAUAAAACUUGAAAGUGCCUAACGUUGACAGGAUUGUGCCCAUCCAGAUUUCUGAAGGAUGCGCAGCAGCCUUUGUUGUACACACAUUACAAUUUACUCUGGCUUCAGUGCCCUCCCACUCCUGGCAUUUGAAGCUGUAUAUACAUGACAUAUAUAUCAUGGGAUGCAGGUGGUGCUGUGGGUUAAACCACAGAGCCUAGGACUUGCCGAUCAGAAGGUCGGCGGUUUGAAUUCCCACGACGGAGUGAGCUCCCGUUGCUCGGUCCCAGCUCCUGCCAACCUAGCAGUUUGAAAGCACGUCAAAAUGCAAGUAGAUAAAUAGGUACUGCUCUGGCGGGAAGGUAAACGGCGUUUACGUGCGCUGCUCUGGUUCACCAGAAGUGGCUUAGUCAUGCAGGCCACAUGACCCGGAAGCUGUACGCCGGCUCCCUCGGCCAAUAAAGUGAGAUGAGCUCUGCAACCCCAGAGUCGGCCAUGACUGGACCUAAUGGUCAGGGAUCCCUUUACCUUUACCUUUAUACAAGACAUUAGCCACGAUCCUUACAUCUCCUGCAAUUUCUUGAGAAAUGCUGUGGUUUGAUGCAAACCCACUUCCAUCCGAUUUGAAAACGUGAGCCACAUUGACAUCACAGUUAAACUGAGGCACGUAUAUCUGAGACGGGCAUGACAGAGUGUCAUGUAGCGUAGCACCUGGAAAACCAGGGUUCAAAUCCCUCUUCAACCAUGAAACUUGCUAGGUGACCUUGAGCCAGCUCUCAGCCUAGCCUAGCUCAUUUGCGACAGCCAUUGCGCACGUGCAAAUUACAGCUUCAGGAAUAGGAGUUGCUGAUGUAAAUUGAAAGGGGGAGGUAACCUUGCCGUAUUUUAAGCUGCUAAUGUGUACAUAACCCCAGAGCGGAUAAUUUGCAUUGCUAUCAAUAGACAGGAUCCCAAGAUCUAUGUGCAUAAUAAUAAUAAUUUAUUAUUUAUUAUUUAUUCCCCGCCCAUCUGGCUGGGUUUCCCCAGCCACUCUGGGUGGCUUCCAGCCGAACAUUAAAAACAAUACAGCGUCAGACAUUAAAAACUUCCCUAAACAGGGCUGCCUUCAGUUGUCUUUUAAAAGUAAAAUAGUUGUUUAUUGCCUUGACAUCUGCUGAGAGGGUGUUCCUCAGGGCAGGCGCCACUACCAAGAAGGCCCUCUGCCUGGUUCCCUGUAACCUCACUUCUCGCAGCGAGGGAACUGCCAGAAGGCCCUCGGCUCUGGACCUCAGUGUCCGGGCUGAACGAUGGGGAUGGAGACGCUCCUUCAAGUAUACAGUAGUACCUCGGGUUACAUACGCUUCAGGUUACAUACGCUUCAGGUUACAGACUCCGCUAACCCAGAAAUAGUACCUCAGGUUAAGAACUUUGCUUCAGGAUGAGAACAAAAAUUGUGCUCCGGCGGCGUGGCGGCAGCAGGAGGCCCCAUUAGCUAAAGUGGUGCUUCAGGUUAAGAACAGUUUCAGGUUAAGAACGGACCUCCGGAAUGAAUUAAGUUCUUAACACGAGGUACCACUGUACAGGUAUAGUGAGAUUUCUGGGGCUCCCAUUUGAAAGCAGCUACAACAUUAAUGUGCUUCCCAAUCUCCAGAGAAUUUCAGGACUGGCCUAUGCACACUAAGAUCUCUUUGGCCUUUAUCGUGUUGGUCUUUACAGCAGCCAGUCAUUACUGAAGGGUGUAGGUGCUCCAUCCUUUGUGUGAAGUCGUCCUGUCCAUCUCUCCAUGGUCAUCUUCACCAUGGAUAACGCCAACCAGUUUCUGUCUUAUCCAGGCUAGUUAUCUUAACCUGACUCAUGUUACAUAACGGUUAAGGUUAUUCAGGAUGAGGUAUGGUGGUGAAUUUGAUUCAGUUCACAUUUCAAGCUAUCUUUUAUCAAAUCUGCCCUUUCUAAAACACCAUGAGAACUGAAACAGCCAUCCUUCCAAAUUGGUACUUCAGACUAUGCAAUGUAGUUCUCCAAUCAACCAUGGUUUACAAAAAAUGCAUAUAUUAGGUAAAAAAUGUGCAUAAGGGUUAAUGUAUUUGUGAAAAUGACAUUCAUUAUAUCAGGAGAAAUCACUUGCGAGAACAUGUGCGUUCAUCAAAACUGCAUUCAAAAAUGUGGUUAUUAGGAGAAGUUCGCAUUAAAAUGCUGAAUAAUUUUCAAAAUAAAAUUUGUUAACUUCUGCAAACAGGUGAAGGACUGAAUUUAAGAUUGGAAAACUGAGAAGCAGAAAGAACCAAAACUGUUCAGUAUAAGAGUGUAAUUUGUGCAUGAAGCAUUGGGAAAAGGACUACAUAAUCCAAUGGUUCAUUUUUGCAGGGCAAUCCUAUACAUGUAAACAAAAAUCUAAGUCCUACUGAGCUCAGUGGGGCUUGCUCCCAGGAAAUAAAUGUAGACUCACAGCCUUAAUCCUUUAACUGUAGUUUAUGAUUCGAAGCAUUAUGUAUUUGCUGGAUCCCAGUCCCCAUACAUUAGCAGGCAAUAAUGGUCUUUAAAGGAUUAUCUUAGUCACAAAAUGAAAAUGUAUUUUCCAAAUUAAAAAUAUCCUGCAUUGCUUGAAAAACAAAUUCAAGUUUGGGCUAUCAGUCUCAUUUUACACAAUUAAAGCUAAGAAUUAGUUUAAUUGCCAGUCUGUUCAGGGCUGAGGAGAGUUUUAAAUCCACCCUCCUCAUAUAGUGAAGGCUUAUUUAUAAAAGAAUAAAUCAUUGUCACAACAUUUACAAAGAAUUUGUCAAACACACACAAAUGUAUCACAAUCAAAACAUCACAGAGCAAACAGCAAGUAACUGUUUGAUCUAUAUUUGCUUUUAAUUUAUUAAAAAGGAUGUGUAUUGGGCCCAUAUUCUAUCUACCAAAUCAUUCUGGCUGUUAUGAAUAGUUACGUGGGGGAAAGUCCUUCUUGGAUAGGCAAAGUAACUUAUUAUUUCUUUAUCUGAGUUUUUGUUGAAAGUUUUCGACAUAGAAUACAAUAAAGACCAAACUAAUCUAAAUAAAAAUAGAGAAGAAAAGAAAACCAAGGAAGGAAGGAAGGAAGGAAGGAAGGAAGGAAGGAAGGAAGGAAGGAAAAUAGGAGGGAGGGAGAGAAAUAAAAUACAGAGCCUUCUGUGAAGGAUAUAUCUUAAUCCUUAUUUCAAACAAAAAGGAGUGGACCUUCCUAUCUCUCAGCUGGUAACUUCCAUUUCUUCUCUCAGCAACCCACCUGAGAGUUCCUUCCUUCCUGGUAGGCAAAGUAAUUUACAAAGACCAGACUAAAUGAAAGGUAUUUCACAAAAUUAUAUAUGAGAGUGUUUCGACAACUGCCGAGCUACACAGUUCCUUUGAGGUAGUCAUUCUUCUCAUACGUGCCUCUGCUUCUUUUGAAACAUAAUCACUUGUUUUUGUAGAGCAGCGCGGUGAAAAACAAACCAAGGAGGGGAAUAAAAUUCCUAGCAGUAUACAGAUUAUAGGGCUAUAUUUACCACUGAACUGAUACAGCCACAUUCUCCACCAGUGCAAAGCAGCAUCAUUCGGUUGGCUGCCAUGGAAUUAUCUCACUCCUUGAUUGGCGCUUAUCAGAACCCAGCUAGAGGAAUGUAUCCAAACUCUGCAGCCCAGGGUGCUGGUAUGCAGUCAAGGGAUUACUAUAGUUUUGCCAUGCAGCUUCUCUGAAGGUAACAAAUAGUGAAUGAAUAAUAAUGUAACCUAAAGUAAAGAUGGGGAUGCAACAAGGAUUCAAAGCUCUGUAGCGCAGUAUAUUAUACCCAAAUAGCAACGAUCAUUAUGUUUAGAUCUGGGACGGUACAAGCACAGUUAAUGCUAUACUUAAUUUCAGCCUACACUUGAGGCUGAUUGGCACUUCUCUCUGAAAGCGCUCUCUGUUUCAAGCACAAUUAUAUUAUUGUAAUUUUAGCUGCAAACGUUUACGGCACAAUCCACUUGCACAGUAGGCAAUGGCCCCACGUGCAGAAGAUUCCAGAAGGGCUGAGGAGAGCUCUGGUUUCUCCCCCACUCAGCCAUGCACCAAAAGAAGUAGUGGAAUGGAUGCUAGGAGGGAUGAAGGGGGUCUGUAUGAAACUGCCAUAGCUCAUCCAGUCCUUCCUCUCUCUGUUUCUGCCUGUUGUCAUGUUUGCAGCAGGCAUAACCCAAAUCAAGCAAAGAGGGAGGGAUGACUUAGGACUCUUGUUCCUCCAAAAUGCACUUCCAGCAGGUAAGAAAAGCAGCAAUGGAGUCCUCUGUGUGCAGUCCAAAUGGGUCAAGGGUCCCACAAUUUUUUCUAGCAUUUGCUAGGAUUUUUACUUGUUAUUAUCCAAGCACAAAUCAAAGUGUUGGUGCUGACCUUUAAAGCCCUAAGCGGCCUCGGUCCAGUAUAUCUGAAGGAGUGUCUCCACCCCCAUUGUUCUGCCCGGACACAGGUCCAGCUCCGAGGGCCUUCUGGCAGUUCCCUCACUGUGAGAAGCCAAGUUACAGGGAACCAGGCAGAGGGCCUUCUUGGUGGUGGUGCCUGUCUUGAGGAACGCCCUCCCAUCAGAUGUCAAGGAAAUAAACAACUAUCUGACUUUUAGAAGACAUCUGAAGGCAGCCCUGUUUUGGGAAGUUUUUAAUGUUUGAUGUUUUAUCGUGUUUUUAAUAUUCCGUUGGGAGCCACUCAGGGAAACCCGGCCAGAUGGGCGGGGUAUAAAUAAUAAACUAUUAUUAAAUUAUUAUUAUUAUUUCAGUCCCAGUCACUGAUUGCAAUGCAGCUAUUGCUGGCAACUGUAGUAUUGGCCCCAAAGUAUAGAAAAUAAGGAAUGAGGCUAAGUAACAUAGCACUGGCCAUUUCUUUGUGGUGAUUCAGAACAGCAAAAUAAAAACAAAAAUGGGCGUGUUCGUAAUUUUUCCUCCUUGUGAUGUUUCCUAACCAAACAAUCAUCUCCCUGAGCUGGUGUUUUCCCCAGCGGUGCUGUUUACUGCAAAUAGCAGCUUUGUGGGGCAAAUAGCAUGAAAAUAGUGUGAUGCUGAAGAGGUUAAAAGCCUCUACUUGCAUGCUACGGUCUCAAGAAAGAUUGCAGACCCAUGCAGCUGCCCAGUUUUAAGCACACAUUCAACAAAUGUUUGCUUAGCCCAGUGUGACCCUGAGAUGGUCAUACUUUCAUUUGGUUUUUUGCAGGGUGGGGUGAAUAUUUGAAGGUUUUUUUUUAACAGGCCAAGAAAUAUUUGUUCUUAGCUUGUGGUCCAUCAUACUGUAUGGUGACCAGGAUUUAAAACAAACGCCCGCAAGCCAAUAGUUGUCCUUUGGUGAAUCGCCUUUCUUUGUGUUAACACAAGCACUUCUUGCCAAAGUUUAGGUUUUAUUCAUCUCUUAUUAAUUCUAACAUAAACAUAAUGUUGCAUGGGUGCUAUACACAGAUGCACAUGCCUGCUCAUGGGAACACAAUCAUGGCAACAGGAAGGAUCAGUGCCUCCCUUCAUGGACCACCUCUAUUUCCUUCUUUUGUUGUUGUUGUUGUUGUUUAGUCGUGUCCGACUCUUCAUGACCCCAUGGACCAGAGCACGCCAGGCACUCCUGUCUUCCACUGCCUCCCACAGUUUGGUCAAACUCAUGCUGGUAGCUUCAAGAACACUAUCCAACCAUUUUGUCCUCUGUCAUCCCCUUCUCCUUGUGCCCUCCAUCUUUCCCAACAUCAGGGUCUUUUCCAGGGAUCUUCUCAUGAGGUGGCCAAAGUAUUGGAGUCUCAGCUUCAGGAUCUGUCCUCACAGCCCAGGAUUUGUGAGCACUCAGGGCUGAUUUCCUUCAGAAUGGAGAGGUUUGAUCUUCUUGCAGUCCAUGGGACUCUCAAGAGUCUCCUCCAGCACCAUAAUUCAAAAGCAUCAAUUGGCAAUCAGCCUUCUUUAUGGUCCAGCUCUUUUGUGUUAGUCCUCUAUACUCUCCUGAGUCUUGCAUGCACUGCAAUUUACCAGCUGAUACACCCCACGUUAGGCCGGUGUUGUCCAUGUAUCUGUCCCUCCAUCCCCAAGACCAAAACUUAUAUGUUAUUGUUGGGUUUUUGACUACGUGCAAUUCUGUGCAGCUUCACACAGAAUCAAUUAAGAGUUGGCCGACAGCCAAAGAUGACUGAGCAGAAAGGAGUAAUUUCUGCCUGGAGAUACAGAGGCCUGGAAACAGCUCUACCAUUGGUCAAGGUCUCACACAGGCAUAAUGAUUUAUGACCUACUGACUGGUAUGUGUUUGUGGUUUGGUCAGUGUAGAGUCGAAGAGUCGUUUGGUUUUGUGAGAGAGAGUUUGUUAAGAUCCGCGUAUCUGUUCUGUUCUUGUACAUAGUAACUUGUAGAGUCUGCUGUAAAUAAUAAACACACCUAUAAGUAACAAGUUACUGGUUCCUGCUUCAUCCAUCCUGCCUGCAACUGAUUGCUUUCGAGAACUCUGUGUAUGCUCUGCUAAGGUCUGGCUAAGGUCCUGCAACAGGUCAAAGUUGCAAAACGCCAACAGUUAUUUCUACUCAGGAAAGUGCCCUGAGUUUUCUUUUGUCCAGCAAAACCAGUUUGGCCUUCCUGGUGUAUGCCAGUUUUUCAUGUAUGCCCAUUUCCACCAACAUUACUCUUCCCCUACUUCAGGCAUGGCCAAACUUGGCCCUCCAGCUGUUUUGGGACUACAACUCCCAUCAUCCCUAGCUAGCAGGACCAGUGGUCAGGGAUGAUGUGAAUUGCAGUCCCAAAACAGCUGGAGGGCCAAGUUUGGCCAUGCCUGCCCUACUUGAACACAGAGGAACAAUAAUAUCAGAUCAUGCAUUUCUUGCCCAUUGUGAUGCUGUGGACAUUCUCAAAUGGGUGUCCAUUGCCAUAACUUUCCAAAUCGAGACAGUCCACAAUGUACUGAGAUAUUACAGGAGAUGUUUUUUGAUGAAAAGACUGUUUUUUUGAGGAAUGAUGCCUGGGUCUCAUGAAAUGAAUGAAAAAUAAUGGUGCAUUAUGUUUACUUGACAAACUUAGCAUCUGGGAAAGCCCCAGGGUUGUCUCCCUAGAAAACUCUGAGAACUCUUAUGAUAAGGUAUGUUUUUAUUUUGACAGUCAUUGAACCUACGUUCUUUUUUAGGAUUCUAAACAAGAAGAUGAUGAAGACGGAUCGGAAGAAAUUAAUGAAGAAUAUUUCACGGAAAGUAACAGCGAAGUUUCUGAAGAGGCAUUCACUGAAGAAGAUGAAGAAGAGGAGGACAAGGAGGAGGAGGAGGAGGAAGAAGAUGAUGACGACGCUGGAGAAGAAAGUGGUGCAGAAGACGAUGAAGAAAAGAAACCUGCUGAAGCGUGUAAAAAUGCUGCAGAUACCGAAAAAAGAAGAAGUUCGCUCAGCAUUAAGCUAAAAAAAAGUAGCAAGAAUGCAAAUGAAAUUGUUACCAAUGGCCAUAGUGAAAAGAAUACUGAAGAUUUGGGCUGCAGGGUGGGCGCCAUGCACCCAUGUGGAAAUCCGACGGUGAUUGAAGAUGCCCUGGAAAAAGUCAGGAACAAUGAUCCCGACACCACGGAAGUCAACUUAAACAACAUUGAAAACAUCACACCACAAAUGCUGACGCAUUUUGCGCAGGCCCUCAAGAACAACACUGUGGUCAAGACCUUUAGCUUGGCCAACACUCAUGCGGACGACAAUGCGGCAAUGGCUAUUGCCGGCAUGUUAAAAGUGAACCAGCACAUCUCGAAUCUGAAUCUGGAUUCCAAUUUCAUCACGGGCAAAGGAAUCCUUGCUAUCAUGAGGGCUUUGCAGAACAACAAGGUUUUGACGGAAUUGCGGUUCCACAACCAAAGGCAUAUCAUGGGCAGCCAGGUUGAAAUGGACAUUGUCAAACUCCUGAAGGACAAUACUACUAUUGUGAAACUGGGGUAUCACUUUGAGCUUGCAGGACCAAGGAUAAGCAUGACCAGCAUCCUGACAAGAAACAUGGAUAAGCAAAGGCAGAAACGGAUACAGGAGCAAAGACAGCUAGAGGCCAGUGGGGAUGGAGCCAUCAAUCCAAAGACCAAAGCUUUGCAAAAAGUAACUCCUGGUUCUUCACCUUAUUCAUCUCCCCGAAGUUCACCUUGGUCCUCUCCGAAGGUGGCUAGGAAAGUCUCAUCUAUUCAAAUCCACCCUUCUUCUCCAAGAAAUUCACCAUGUUCCUCUCCGAAGGUUCCUAAGAAGGUUCCUCCUGUUAAAAACCAGCCUCCAUCUCCUCCUCCCCCACCACCCCCUCCCCCUCCCCCACCUCCCCCACCUCAAAUAGCUCCCGAAAAGAAGGCACCAACCAGGAAUAUUGCAGAGGUUAUCAAACAACAGGAAAGUGCCAAGAAGGCCCCACAAAAUAAGCAGAAAAAGAAGAAAGGCAAGAAGAGCAAAAAAUACGAGAACGAGAUCUUGAAGGAAAUCAAAAAUUCAUUAAAAUCAGUCCCAGACAAGAAGGCAGAGGAAGGCUCACGUCCCUCCACCAGACCUUCUACUCCAGUGAGAUCCGUUCAUAGUGAUCUAAUGGAUGCAAUUCGUGCAAGUAGCAUGAAACAGCUGAGGCGGGUAAGUGUCUUCAUUCCAAAAGCUGAUAGAGAUUUAGAAACAUCUCACAGGUACAAGAUAGGACUAAUCUACGCUGGUGAGUUAUAACGUUAAAAAUGCAUUAUAAAAAUGUGACCCCAGAGGGAGCUGUGGUGUAGGGCAACGAUCUUCACCAAUGAGAAAUUGCGUUGAGAGCUAUAUUUUUAUAGUGUUUUUAAUAGUGUUUUUCAGAUUAGUGUAGAUCCAGCCAUAGAUUUUGUUUAGAAAGUAGCAUGAGGUUUUCUUUAUUCUCCCCCCACUUUACAGUUAAACUCUAAAGUAAGGCGAUCACUGCAUAAUAUUCAAGAAAAAAUUCUAACUGCAUUAAAAGAAAUACAACACAUUAAUUUGUCUCAAUUUGUAUCUCAUAUAUAUAUAUAUAUAUAUAUAUAUAUAUAUAUAUAUAUAUACACACAUAUAUAUACACAUAUAUAUACACAUAUAUUCCCAGUUAUCUAUUCAAACAACAUGCACAUGAGAAUUAAGAUGUGAGGCAUGGAUAUUUUUAUUGAAGUAAUGCCUGACCAAGCUUUGAAAAAAAAAACUCAUCCCUUUCAGUAAUAUCCUUUUUGCCUGAGGGUCCCCAGAAACUUGGAACUGGCCCUGUUGGGCAUCACGUAACUGGAGUGCUGCUGCAAAUAAAUAACAUUUUCUUCAGCACUUUUUAAAGUUCGCUUCUUUGCAGUGCUAUUUUUCUAGAAAAAGAGGUGCUGGAACUCACCGUGAACACCUCCCUUGUUCUCUUAUAAUGGUAAUGGCGACCAGCUGAGAGGUGCCAGAACUGAGUUCCGGCCUGGGGGGGAAAAUGCCCUGCUUCAUUGUUUUAACCAAUUUCAAUUCCUAAGUGAGUCUGAGGGGUAGAAGGAACUUCACGACAGUUAAUCUGGUUGAAAACGUGUAGUAUAGUAUAGGGGUAGCGGUAUAAGCAGACCCCUGAAAAGCAAACACAGGAAACAAUUGUGCGAAGACCAGUCUUCUCAUAAGAACAACACGGGAAGUUGCAAGUCAGGCCAUCUAAAUCUGUAUUAUUGACUCUGACCGACAGCGGCUACUCCAGCAUUUCAGACAAGGUUCUCUACCUAGCUACUAUCUGGAGAUGCCAGGGAUUGAACCUUCAAAAUACAAAACAGAGUGGAAGAGAAUCAGGUGUCUAGGCUCAGCAGUGAAGGAAAGAAAGCAGGCUGUUUUCUGACCAGUAGAGAGAAGAUGAAAUCUUACAGUUGGGUUUUGGGUGGGAGGCUCCUUCCUUGACAAGGUGGCCACUUGUGCAUCACAAAAGGGGAAUCAAGGAGGAUAGGGCUUUGUGUAAAAAUACAUGUACUGAUGUGUAUACACACACACACACACACACACACACACACAUUAUUUGUAUAUAUUAAGAGGUAUGUAAGCUGAGCAGCUAAUGUGCAUAACAGCCGGCCAUUGUGCAGAAUGUGUUCAUAAUCCUUCCACAAAGAGGGAAUUGUGCACAUUCCCUGGUCAAUAGACAUAAUCCCUAACAUGCUUUGGGGAAUCUGCAUAUCUCUGCUGAAUUUUGUACAUUCUCCAGUCAUUAUGUGUAAUCCCCAAGAGGGGAAUUAUGAGCCAACGGUGACUCAAUUCACAUUUCAUUUAACACAGAGAGGUAAAUUUAGAAAUGAUUUCUGUAAGACUGUGACCAGUUGAUCUGCGUGUCCACCCAAUCUGCUUUCCAUGAGCUGUUUGUGGGCCAUUUCAAUGCCCCUCUUCUCCUUUCUUAGGGUUUUUUAAAAAUCUUUGAACUGGGCAGCCCUUCAAAUAGAAGUCUCCUUCAAAUAGAGAACCGCGUCUCGUAAAGUUGUUUCAUCACUUACUGGUAGGGCAACGAUGGGGAAACUAUUGUCCUCCAGAUGUCAGAAGCAUAGAACCAUAGUUGUUGGACUCCAACUCCCAUCAGCUCCAGCCAGCGCGGCAAAUGACCUAGGACAAGGUUUCCCAAACUUCGAUCUCCAGAUAUUUUUGGACUACACUUCCCAUCAUCCCUGACCACUGCUCUUUCUGGCUAGGGAUUAUGGGAGUUGUAGUCCAAAAAAUACCUGGAGACCCAAGUUUGGGAAACACUGGUCUAGGAUGAUGGGGGUUGGAGUCCAAGAACAUCUGGAAGGCCACAGGCUCUCCACCCAUGCUCUAAGCUUCAGAGCAUAGUGUACAUGCACUCAGGCCAUUGACAGCCUGGCUGAAUGUGCUUCUGGAAAGUUGCCCUCAAAAGAAAGAUGUGCGGCAGGCUUUUGUCUCAUAAGAAUGCAUGUGGCAAAGAAAUCCAACAUGCAUAUGAAAUUUACAAAAUAUUUUGAGAAUUCCUUACAAAUCUGUCUGGAAUGAUUUUUCAAAACCAAAUCCUGGUUAAUAUCUGGUAGGUCUAGUAGGUACCAGAUAACAUAGCUUUGUACGCCACCUGUUAGCCAUUUUCUCCUUAUCUGUUCCAAUAAUAAUGAUAGUAAUAAUAAUUAUUAUUAUUUAUACCCCACCCAUCUGGCUGGAUUGCCCCAGCCACUCUGAGUGGCUUCCAACACAUAUAAAGACAUAAUAAAACGUCAAACAUUAAAAACAAUAACCAAUAACAGUGCUCCAGUAUCACGGAUAAUAUUUUUACUACCUCAUAACCAUUCAAUGUAUUAGAUAUUGACUCUUUUCCUAGUUAGACCACCUGAUUCUUUUCCUUCCGGCUAAUAUUUCUAAAUCAGAAAAACAAAACUUUCCCCCCUCUUUUUUUUUAGGUGGAAAUCCCAGAAGCACUGCGAUGAAAAACAAAGAAACAGGAAUGGAAAUGACCGAGAUGAGAGUUUAAUGAUGGUUAAGAGAAAGGUACCAAGUUGUUCUGCAGCUGUUCUAUAGACUAAUGUAAAUGGCUUCAAGAGUGCACUCUUAUAUUUGAAUAUGAACAGAGACCGAUUAAACCAUCAAGCAACGCUUCGAAGGAUGCACCAGCAUUUUCAUUUGUAAAUAUUGGAACGUACAUUUUUUUUUUAUCUGAUGAGAUUUCUAAGAAGAAAUAGUUUAUUUAGAUGUUCUUGUUGAUACCAAGUACCACUUCACAGAACAUGUUCUUUAUACAGAGAAGGAAUUGUUCAGUGACCUGUGCAUUUUAAUUCUGAUGUCUGCCUCGUGAAUUUACAAUAAAGGUGGUUUGGGUUUUCAUGUGACAAAACA